GACGCCACUACCACCACCACCACCACCACACCCCCUUCUCUGCCUUUGCUGUCGCUGCGGCCCCCCGUGAAAGCGCGCGAGGGAGAAACGGGAUGCGUCGUCGCGACUCGUCCGCAUCCAACUCUUCCAAAACAACCACAGCGUCGUCGACCUCCAGCAAGCCUCGCGCCCCGCGCCCUGCGCCCAUCAACCCCUUUGCUGGAGACAGACGCAACGCCGCCCCCAGACCGCCCUUUAUCGCCAUUCAUCCGCCGCUGACGCACCCGCCCUCGCUGCCCUCACCGAGGCAUUCGUUGUUGCGACGCCCGCCCAGCAACCCGAAUCUCGCUGCCGCCGCCCUCGCCGCCACCGCCGCAUCGUCGUCCGGCGUUCGCCAGCCGUUGCGUCCCAGGGACGGCAACUCCCAGAAGCAGCAUCAACAAAAUGUCCCGCUCCUGACGCCGACGACCACCACGCGCUCCACCAUUGCGAGCGCCGCCAGGAUGCCCGUCGGUGACAGACCGCGACAGCCCCAGCUGAGCGCUGCGGCCGCUCGCUCCGUCAACCGCACGCCAAUCACCCCCAAGAUUGCGGCCAAAACACAGACUCCCGUCACGCCUUUGGCGGCUCGGAGGCCGCAGAGCGUACAUGCGCUCAGAGACGAUGCCUCGACCCCUGCCCCUUCCGUGGUCGGCGUCAACAACAUUACCCCUCGAUCCGGCGCUCGACAGUCGCGCACCGACAGCAUCAACAACACACCAACCGGAACCCCCAAUCCCGAACGGAGCUCUGAUGGAAGUGUCAGCAGGCCAGGUCUGGGCGCUUCGAGUAACACCUACGAUGGAUCCAGACGGUCAGGAGACUCGCCGAGCGAGUCGGGCGACUCCAACAAGUUCUUCUACGCCAGCGAUGCCAAGUCGAUGAACCCAGCGGGCAUCCAACGACCUGCAUCAGUGCCUCAAAAACCAGUGACAUUCUUCUACGCCAACGGAAUAACGGUCGAGAAACAGCGCAACACGAGCCCGCCCUCGAACAGCAUCGUUCCUGCACUUGCACCUGUACCGGAGCCUAUGGGGAAUAAAUUCUUCUAUGCAAAUGGGGCUCCCGACCUGAUCCCUAUGCGACCGAAUUUGUCCCACUCUGGCUCAGGUUCGACUGUGUCGGUCAAUUCAAGACCUGUUCUCGCCCGUCCGGCCACGAGCCAUACGGUUGCAGGCACGGCUGCUUCUGCCAUUAAUCGACCGCUGUCACCGGUCAAGACCUCGACUCCUACAACCCAGGCACUAAAAGGUAGUCCGUUGCCACCACUAUCACCGAAUCAGCCGUCGCCAACGACGUCUCCGCCAAUAUUACCAGGCUCAAUGGUAGGCAACAAGCGAAGGGUUAGCAUCGAUGCUGCUCCCAAGCUUAUGCACAAGGGUCACUCGCGAGCAGGCAGCGUACCUGUAACUGAACCCAUCGCUGCGUCUAGCUUCGCCAUGUCUCCCAACACUCCAGAAACAGUCUCACCUCCGUUGAGUCCCGAUGCCUCUCAGCGUGCAAUGACCAUGGCAUCAAUCCUGCAAGCCGCCGAUGAGCUGAGUGAACGCGAUGAUGAGUGCCUCUCGUCGCGCGGUCCGCAGAGUCCUACCAAAUCAACGCAUAUGUCGGACUCUGUCAGCGAGCUGGUGGCCAAUGCCAGACGAGAAAGAAAGGUCCAGGAUCUCGAGAUUACGAAUGCGUCUUUAGAGGCCAUCAAUCGGACAUUAGAGCGGCAGUUGCGGAAACAAACCGCAGAGCUGAGGAGGUUCCGUCGGCUGUCAAGGUCGGGGCGCAUCUCGCUCGCUUCUGGCGUCUCCAGCCGGGUCGUUUCCGCAGCGCUUACGGACCCCCCGGUGGAUUUGACUGAUCUCACAGAGGAGGAAAGCUCGCAAGAGGAAGACAGCCUAGACUCUCUCGAUGACUCGGACCUUUCUAGUGAAGAAUCCACCGCUGCAGACUCGGCAUCGCCGAAUGCGAAAAUGGCCGCGCGACGAAAGCGCGACGAGAAGCGGCUCCAGCUCGACCUUAGCAAACACCAGGAACUUCUAAUUGACAGCCAAAAGAUGAACCAAAGCCUCAAACGGUGCCUCAACUGGACCGAGGACCUCAUCAAGGAGGGGCAGAAGGCUCUGGCUUACAAGGUCAGGGUCUCGGACGUCCACCUUGGCGGUCGGGUCCUGGCCCCGCCGGACGAGGAGGACGAAGACAACCUGUCGUUUGUGGACGACGCGACGACGCGGAUUGACACCACGGGCCUGGAGCUUCCGUGGAACAAGGGCCCGCAAGACCGUGAUAGCGGCAUUGAGUUGGCCAAGUGAUGGUAUCUAAUACCCUCACUACGCGGCGGCUGGGCUGCCGCGCCUCUUAAGCGCAGAGUCACACCACACGAUGCCCUCACUUCCCGGCGGCCGCGAAACAGCGCAAAAGGCGAUAUGGCUACGGAGUUUUGGCGCACACAGGCCUCUCACCUCUUCUUUCUUUCCUAUUCGAUCUGACUUGAAACUCUUCAUUACGCGAGCGAAUCCACGGCGAGCCGACCCAGCCGCCACCCGCAUCACACGCGACCUUCAUUCUCUUGUACUGUGACAAGGCGGCAUUGCGAAAGCCUAGAUGACCUCACCUCCCUACCAACAGCAAUCCUCCUCUACCCCACCUUUCCUUUGUUGCCAUCCCCACCCGCCGAGGGCGAGGCUGUUCUCUUCUUAUCAUCUUAUUAACCCUCCUUCCUUCCCCCUCAUUUCUUUCUUCUCUUAUGCUUCGUCUUUCUUGGGUUUUUGCGAGAAAUUAAGAUACCAGAUACCCCCGAACGGAUGGCAGUGGUUGUUUUGUGGAGGAACGUGGUGCGUGUGGGAGGUAGUGUCGGGCACGGGGCUUGCGGACAUCGGGGCGGAGCGGGCAUGGACACGGAGACUAAUUCCUGGGUUUAUAUAUGAGCACGGAAGGGGAAAAAACACCCCAAGAGACUAUACACGAGCCUGGUGAUGGCAGGCGGGCGCUUCUUCUGCGAGCGCGGCGGCAUCUGGUCUUGGGAGGAAACCCUGCAUCUACGUAGCGUGUUGUGCAUUACUGCACGACUGCAUUGUACUCUAGAGAGACGAGAUGGAAAGCAGUGCAACAGAGGGAAC